UCUUAACAGACUCUGCCCUUUCUCUCUUUCUUUUCCUUGGCCCAGGUGGACGGGCAGGUGGUUGCAUUGUUGGUGCAGAAUCUGGAGCGUCUGGAUGAAAGCGUCAAGGAAGAGGCGGACGGCGUUCAUAAUACUCUGGCUAUCAUUGAGAACAUGGCGGAGUUUCGGCCAGAGGUGUGUGCGGAUGCCGCCCAGCAGGGCCUCAUGCAGUGGCUUCUUAAGAGGCUGAAGGCCAAGAUGCCUUUUGAUGCCAACAAGCUCUACUGCAGCGAGGUGCUGGCCAUCCUUCUCCAGAACACAGACGACAACCGGGAGAUGCUGGGGGAACUGGAUGGGAUCGACGUCCUGCUUCAGCAGUUGUCGGUGUUCAAGCGGCACAACCCGGGCCCCGCGGAGGAGGAAGAGAUGAUGGAGAACCUCUUUGACGCGCUUUGCUCUUCGCUGAUGCUCAGCUCCAACCGGGAUCGCUUCCUGAAGGGGGAAGGGCUGCAGCUGAUGAACCUCAUGCUCAGGUGA